AUACUUAGAUUCCCCGGAAAAAAUCGAAAGAAGAUCAUAAAUGUGAUAAAUGCAAUAAAAGUUUUCGAUGGUUAUCCACUUUUAGAGUACAUCAAACAACGCACAGAAAAUACGGACCGUAUUCAUGUGAUAUUUGUAAGAAAGUGUACAAACAUAUAUAUGAACUAAAUAGACACAUGAAGAAAGUACAUUCACAGGAAAAAAUCGCAUCUUCUUCCAAAAAAGGCACAGAACAUGGCCAAGAAGUGCGAUCAGAUUUGUUUCAGACACCAUCAACAAGUUCUGAAGCAAGAGGAUCAAUUGAAUCUGAACAUGUGGCUUCAGAAGAGAUUAUUUUUACAGCAAGAGAAGCUAAAGAAUUUCUUAAAGAUUUUAACAUCGAUUUAGAAAUUAGAAAGCUUGAGACAUCCUCACAACUGGAAUUAUUCACAGAGAUGGAAACCGAUGAAGAUAAAUUCGAAUGUCAACUUUGUGGACAACAAUUUUCUGACGAAAUUUCUUUAAAAGAACACGAGAAACAAUUUCACCAAUCUAAUUAAUUCUGGGCAUUUAACUUUAAAACAAUACAAGUUAAAAAAGUCGUAAAAAUUAUUAACUUUUUUCUACAUUGGUCUGCGACUGAUGAAAAUUAAACAUUAGUAAAACAAUAUUAGUUACAGCACUGUUAAAUGAAAUAACAUUAGAAAUUUUCCAUAUUAAUUAAUGUAUUGUAGUAAUUAUUUCAUAAAAUUGAUUUACAUUUGCAAAACGAUACUUUUUGUACGAAACAAAAUUUGAAAAUUUAUUAUUUGAAAUUAGGUAAUAGCUUUAAUUGAAUAAAUUUACGUUUACAGAAUUGAAUGUGUGUAGCAGAUUUAUAACUUAUUUUAACAGUAGAUACAAGUUCAUUUUUGAGUAAAGUGAAGAACAUGGACUCACAGUAGGUCAUUAGAUAACGCGAAAAUGAAACCACUCAAAAUAAGAAUAACUAAACGAAAGUAACAACAACUUAAACAAGAAACGAAUAUUUUGCUUAUUUUUCCACUAUGAUUAGUUUCUUAUUAAGAUUUGACACAGCGUGAAAAUCCGUAGUUUACAAAAAUUUAAAUUAAUCGUCGAUGACGCAUACUUGCAUAAUUAUUAUCC